AGGAGAUGGGAAUUGUUUGCCUUUUGUACUUGAUUGCACCUUAUUAAUUGCCUUCGCCUUCGGCUCAACAGAAGAGGGGAAGAUCGUAAAAAGUAUUGUUAUCUCAUUCACCUAAUGUGAGCCAAGAAAGAUGUGAAGUAUAUGUUACAAAAGAGGCAGGUGCUAUCGGCCGAAUCUCUUGGUCAAAUGGUGCCAUUUGUCGUCCUCAAAGUUCCAAUUGAGUCUAUGAUGGUUGGAACUUACUGAAUUUCAUAUCAUUAUACUCUAUCCUUGAAAGCUGCCCCUUAUCAAUCUAUCAUUGUCGUGAUAUCGCUCUCUCCAGAAACAUAGGAUGAGAUUGACACAAGACGCAAACAUAUACUUUGGUUCCUGAUCUUGUCCAUCAUGCCAUUACUUGAUCUCAGCUUACCAUUCGGCUUGGCCUGCAUGUUCGAUACGGUCUGGAUAUACACUUAUGCUCAUGUCCUGCAUUUCACUCGAAAUGUAAUCGAUAUGAAGUUGUACAACUUUAUCACCAUCCGGAUUCGGGUAGUAUUCCCGCCUUGUCCCAACAGUGAACGAUGCACCGCGCCUUGGUAUUUACACACGACUCCUGGAAUAUAUGCAGGUAUCCCACCAUUGUGAUUGGAUAUUCCAUUUACCAGCCUUGGCUGACAUUGUGAAUAUAUCGAAUCGAUAAGUACCAUUGAUUGGUUUCUUAUCUUACACCUGCAUUUGCGGUAAAUGAAGGAAAGAUAUGCGGGGAAUGUGUCAAAGGGAAUGGAUGAAUGAAUGGCCAGCUUAACGAUCAAUUGGGAGUUGUAUCAUUUGAUAAUCAAUUGAUAAAUGAAAGUUGGGAUGUGGUGGAACUUGUGUGCUUCGUAGAAAUGAAGGAGUGAUAAUCGAAAUAAAAGAAGAUAUCGGCAUCGGAGGAUCCGUUUCGGGUCCCAACGGUCGGGUGGCUACAGAUUGAUCAUCAAAUCAAAUUCUUCUUCGAUUCAACUCAAAAAGUACUCGAGUACAUCUAAACAACUUCAAUAUCUAUCAAAAUGUCAACAGAACCGAUUUCAGUCUUGUUCGUCUGCUUGGGAAACAUUUGUCGUUCAACCAUGGCAGAGGGAAUCUUUAGAUCCAUGGUCUCCCAGGGUCCUUACGCAUCCUUGAUAUCUAAUGUUGAUUCAUGUGGAACUGCAGCCUAUCAUACUGGAUCUUCCCCAGAUUCACGUACCAUGGCUACGCUUAGAGAGAAUGGAAUUUGCGAUUAUAAGCACAAGGCUAGAAAGGUUUUUAUCAAUGAUUUCAAGAAUUUUGAUUAUAUCUUUGCUAUGGAUAGCAACAAUCUUGAAGAUCUUCUCUCCUUGGAAAAGAGAACUGAGGGUAAAGCAAAAGUUAUGUUAUUUGGAGAGUAUGCAGGAGGUUCUAGCCCCGAGGAAGUAGAUGAUCCUUAUUAUGGUGGGAAUGAUGGAUUCAAGGCUGCUUAUGAACAGUGUACGAGGUUUUCCAAGAAUUUCUUGAAGUCGACUUUUCCGGAUGUUGAGGAUUGAGGGGGAUUUGAUGUUUGAUGCCAUGUAUAUAUGGAUAGAAGGAUAAAGAUCACAAUUAUAUGAAUGCCCAUUAGUCAGUCCAUGUAUGAGUGGGGGAUGCAAUUUGACUUCCCGAGAAGAUUUUUGCUAUCAUAAUGACAUGCAUGGCAAAGUCUUCUUUUCAUAGUGAUUUUAUGACAUUAUCAAAAUGUCGGUGAGCACAUAUCCCAUGAGAGGAGUGUCUGUCAACAUAAACUUUCUCACAAAGGAACUGUGCAAGACGAAUAGCAAUCGCAUCUUCUGGAAUCAACGAGGUCUAAAGCAUA